AAAUGUUUUAUCUCAAAAUUUUCUUUUAAUCUCAUAAUUCUGACGUUCUAUCGCUUAAUUAUGAUUUAAAUCAUAUUUAUGAGAUACAAAUUAUCUCACAAUUUUGACUUUUUAUCUUAUAAUUAUGACCUUAAUAUUAUAAUUACAGCUUUUUAUCUCAUAAUAUUUACUUUUUAUCUCAUCAUUUUGACUUUAACUUCUAAUUUCAAUUUUUGUAUCUAAAAAGAGUAUCUUUUUAUCUCAUAAUUGACUUUGUAUCUCAUAAUUCCGACUAUUAUCUCAUAAUUAUGACUUUUUAUCUCAUAAUUUCAACUUUCUUACCUCAUAAUUGACUUUGUAUCUCCUAAUUAAGACUAUUGGCGGAAAGGGGCUUCCAUAAUUUCAUGUGCAAUCAGGUUGAAAGAUUAUUUGUCAUUCCUGUGAAGGCUGUAGUGUUUUAAUGAAGUGUCGAGUCCCGGCAGUGUUCACCAGUCAGGCCGCUGCAGGAUGAACGCCCCUCCACUAGGUGGCAGUGUUCUUCUGUGAAGGCUGCUGCAGGAUGCACGCCGUCCACUAGGUGGCAGUGUUCUUCUGUGAAGAACAUGCACCCCAACAGUCCUGAGUUCCCUUUGAAGUCACCGCGUCCUCUCAGACUCUAAGCUGUGAUUUGGUUCUCAGGUGAGACAUUUCUAGCACCUUUACUGACAGAAAACACAUUUGUCACCUUGUUCUGUUUUCUGUGAAAGAAGUCUUCAUUUGAAUCAUUCUGGUGUUUCCGGUUUGUGUGCGAGUAGAAAACAACGGCCGUUAAAGAUGGAGUUUGAUGCCGAGGGUUUGUUCUUCAACUCUACACUUAUUGAACUAGAAACACUCAACAUGUACAAAAACAAUGAAUAGAUAACAUCAAAAAUGAGGGACCAGGACUGUGAUGUAAAAGUCAUAGAAAAAUAAAGCAUGUUUAUUUUUAUUUUACAGAUGCAUAAAAUUAAAAGAAGGCAAAUAAAGUAUAAACUAUUGAGGAAAGAAUUACAAGCAAAUAGUGUUGAUAAAAUACAUUCAGUUGUCAAAUGCACCAUGAAAUAAAAGUGUUUCCAGCCUGGCUUUGAACAAUGCCAACGUCUCGCAUCAUCUGGAAGUUUAUUCCAGAUUUGAGGAGCAUUAAAACUGACUCCGUCACUCUGGGCACCAGCUGGAGACCACCGCUGAGGUUCUCAGGUCUAGAUGUACUUUGAGACCACUUGUGCACAAGAUGAGCUGUUUUAAAGUGGACAGGAAGCCGGUGCAGUGACCUCAGCACUGGACUAAUAUGGUCGUGUUUCCCGCUUUUCGUCAGGACUCGAGCAGCAGCAUUCCGGUUGGACUGCAGCUGCUUUACAGCGCGUGUGAAGAGCCCAGUUAGAAGGACAUGAUUGAGCGUGGACGCGCUCCUCCCGGGGGCGAGCGCCGCUCGGUGCGGGCCAGCCUCUCUCGCCUCAUAAGAAGCCGCACAGUGUCGACGCUCGGACGGAUAGAAGAGGCGCUCCUGCCCGGAACAACACACCUGCGUGCGGAACAUCUCACCUGCUGUCGGGAACAACACACCUUGCGUGGGGAACAUCUCACCUGCUGCCCGGAACAUCUCACCUGCGUGGGGAACAUCUCACCUGCUGCCUGGAACAUCUCACCUGCGUGCGGCUCCGACAUACCUACAAAGCUGCUGUUUCGCCGUAGAAAUGACGGCGCCCUCCUUGAGCGUGGUCCUGGUGGUGCUGCUGGCCGCCGCCGCCGCGCUGUCGCGGAGCGCUGCCGAGCCCGGAGUGCCCCGCAGCAAGAGGAGGCCCAGCUCGGGAAGCGAAGGAGGCGCCCAACAGCACCCCUUGAAGGCCGCACGGGGCUACGGCGGUCAAGCGGCUCAGGCGUCACAGGGCAAAGGCAGGCCCAGUUCUCGCGGGCCGGUCCAUCCCCUGGCCCGCUUCCAGGACGACGGGACGGGCUUGGAGGGCCUGAGUCCGGUGCGGGUGGACGCGGGUCCCGGCAGAGCUGGAAUGAAGAAGCGGCCCAGGGAGAACCACCUUAUGGCCACACGCAAGGGGAGGGGCCACGAGCAGCACUCUGACCUCAGGAGACAUGGCGGGCGACGGGACAAGGCGCGGCGUGGACAAGGUUUUCUUCUGGACCGCAAGCUGAGCGAUCUGCUCCACGAGCCGCCUCCCUCCCCCCUCUCCUCCCACCCCGCCCUCCGCGCGGAGCAUCUCGGCGACGCCUCCCCCUCGUCGCCCCACGUAGGCGCUUUCGGCUCCGGCUCCUCCAUGGUUGCCACGGUGAUGAACGAUCAUCCCCCAACGCUGCCCCCGGCCUCCACCAAGCCCCAGUCAGGAGGAGCAAAAGGGCGAGGCGAGGUGAUGCCCACGCUGGACAUGGCGCUCUUUGACUGGACCGACUACGAGGACAUGAGACCUGUGGACGCCUGGCCGUCCUCCAGGAAGAAAGACAAGAGGCGGAGCAAGAACCUCAGCAGCGGGAACGCCACGGCGGAUGCUGACAUCAUCGAGCCAUGUGACCACCAUCUGGACUGUCUUCCUGGUUCCUGCUGUGACCUGAGGCAGCACGAGUGCAAAGGUCACAACCGAGGGCUCAACAACAAAUGUUAUGACGACUGCAUGUGUGAGGAAGGUUUCCGCUGUUAUGCCAAAUUCCACCGUAAGCGCCGCGUGACGAGGAGGCGGGGCCGCUGCGUGGUCCCUGAGUCGGUGAGCAGCGAUCAAGGAGGCUUCAUCACCAUUUAAAGGAGGAGGACGAGGAGGGGAGGGGGCGUGUCUUACAGGGAGGAAGGUGAACGCCUCCACACCGCUUGUCUGUCAGGCGGACAUUUUGAUGCACAAGUGGAUACUUUUUAUUUGUGGAUUUGCUUGUUAAUAACCUUGGUUGACCAAGGUGUAUACCUGUAUGGCUGUUAAUCACCUUGGUUGACCAAGGUGUAUACCUGUAUGGCUGUUAAUCACCUUGGUUGACCAAGGUGUAUACCUGUAUGGCUGUUAAUCACCUUGGUUGACCAAGGUGUAUACCUGUAUGGCUGUUAAUAACAUUGCAAGGUCUCCUGGUUGACCAAGGUGUAUAUGGCUGUGUCUUUUAUUUUGUAGUUUGUGCAGUAGUUCUUCUUCCAGGUGGAUCACACACAGAAGUGCUGUAAAGAUUGUGCAAGGUGAUGUCAAGUAAGAUUGUUGUUUUGUAUCCUGUCUGAAUAUUUAUUCUUUGUUUGUGCUUCAACAUUAAAGUGGGUUGUGGGAGCAGUGAGCAGUGAGCAGUGAGCACGCUUCACACGGACGCAAUGGAACCCCCAAAGCACUUCUAAUUGGAUCUUCCCACCCUGUAGGAAGUCAUGUAACGUUCCAGGGUCAAACUGCGGCCAUAGACCGCUUGUUACCUUCACAUUACAACACUUGAACUGGCACGGAAGUGUAAAAAGAACUUAACCGCUGUUUAAAUAACAACGCAAGUACGCAUAUGAUGCACAUUUGUGAGUCAGCAAGGAAGUUUUUUUUUUAAUA